AUGGGGCAGGAGCUUCUGGGGGCAGAUAGCUCUCAGAGGUGGGGGACAGGCACGGGGAGAGGAGGAGGGAGAAAGGCGGUGCGGGGUGAAAGCGAGGCAGAGACAGAGGAAGGAGGGGACAGGACAGGGACAGCAGGGAGAGAGGCAGCGGACGGGACAGGCGGCGGGAGAAGGAGAAGGGGUCGGGACAGAGCAGGACAAGAGCAGGGGGGACGGGCAGAGGCGGGGGGCGGGCAGCGGGUCUCUCCCGGCACUCACCGACCGCGCGGCUCCGGGCGGCUGCGGGACCGCUCUGCACCGCCCGCGCUUCCUCCUGCACGGACCGCCCCGACCGCCCCGCCCGGCCCCGGCCCCGGCCCCCCGCCCGCACCGACCGCGCGGCUGCACCGGGCACCGACCCGCCGCCUCCCCGAGGGGCUGCACCGGGCACCGACCCACCGCCCCCCCGAGGGGCUGCACCGGGCACCGACCCACAGCCCGCACCGACCGCGCGGCUGCACCGAGCACCGACCCACCGCCCCCCCGAGGGGCUGCACCGGGCACCGACCCACCGCCCCCCCGAGGGGCUGCACCGGGCACCGACCCACCGCCCCCCCGAGGGGCUGCACCGGGCACCGACCCACAGCCCGCACCGACCGCGCGGCUGCACCGAGCACCGACCCACCGCCCCCCCGAGGGGCUGCACCGGGCACCGACCCACCGCCCCCCCGAGGGGCUGCACCAACCCCAGCCCCGACCCACCGCCCCCCCGAGGGGCUGCACCGGGCACCGACCCACCGCCCCCCCGAGGGGCUGCAUCGGGCACCGACCCACCGCCCCCCCGGGGGGCUGCACCGGGCACCGACCCACCGCCCCCCCGAGGGGCUGCACCGGGCACCGACCCACAGCCCGCACCGACCGCGCGGCUGCACCGGGCACAGACCCACCGCCCCCCCGGGGUGCUGCACCGGGCACCAACCCACCGACCCCCAAGGGGCUGCACCGGCUCCCCAGCCCGUCCAGCCGCGGGUCACGCAGGGCCUUGGCAGCGGCGCGGGGGAAGCGUGCAUUGUGGCUGCCCACUGCGGCCCGGCUGGAGGAGAAAGCAAGGAUUUCCUGGCCCAGAGCAAGUCCUUCCCGUCCCCUCCCAGCAGCUGA